AUGGAUUCCUCUCCCAGCGUCGGAAAUACAGCUAACGACCCUGACUCUGAGGCGUGUCCACCUUCAUUCUCCAUCAGGCUGAGCGAAGGUGGAGAUUCCGAGGGAUAUUUCCGCACCGAAGACGAUCCCAACGAUCCAGACCAACGCUCGAACGUUAUUCAGCGAAAAGGGAUAUUCUACGUCGAUUGUUUCUGCACGGACGUUGUUCACGGGCGCUAUUCGGCCGAUGACAGCUGUGAGGAUCUCGCCACCCUUGUUGUCCUCAAGUUUCGAUUCGAGCCACUCGAGCAAAAUCACCGCAUCAAGAAAGUCGACAUCCAAGUCACCUUCUCGCCCAAGAAUGAUGAGGACUGUAAACCGUGGGUUGCGAGGAUGCAUCCCGAGGGCUUCUUCAGCGUCCAUCCGACGACGCAGUGCGAGACGGUCAACACAUCAGUGGGGGGUAAACUUGGUGCAAAUGUCACGGGGGUAGAAGUUGGGGCUGAGCUCAAGCGCGAAAAGAGAGUGGAAAGAGACGUUUCUGAUGCUACAACUUUACAGGGCUUCAUCCUUCUCGAGGGUCGCAACUAUGGCAAACCAAACAGCGUAUCGUGGAUUCUGCGCGAGAACAAAAGCACCAGGACUGGAGUACCGACGAGCAUGCGGGCUGCCGUUCUGCUGGGGCGCGAGGACUGGACAAAAUUCCAGGCCCACUUCACUGUGAAGGUCUAUCCGAAUUGGCUGGCCUCAGCCUUAUCUUUUAUGAAAUCCAGUCCCAAGGACGACCCUGUCACCUUCGAUCCACAGAGGGCGCCGACGAACAAGCUACAGGUGUAUGACACUGAGGACCUAGGGAAUCCCGUGAAGUUAAAGCUGGCAAAUCUGUCUGAUGUUACUGUGACAACCAUUGUGAGCGAUGGUGUUAAGGAGAAGCAGUCGCCAGAGAACACAGACGAGUAG